UUUUCGAUAAACGUCAAAAGGAUCAAAAGGACAUUUUACACUCGCCACGCCAGCAAAAUUCUUUGCUUUCGUUCUCGGUUCGCAGCGCGAGAAAGGUCGUCUUGUCUUCCUCUCAUGAGAGAAUCUCGCCUCCCUAGUUAGAACCAAAUGUGAGAAUACGCUAUAGGUAGUAUUUAGCGACGCUGUAACGGUACUUGCAUCCUUUCAUCGCGGAGAGGUUAUGGGUUAUAGGAGGCUCCCUUUCUUAUUUUUUUCCUUUUUACAAAUAAUGCAUCAUGGAUAAAGUAGAGUGUCCAGUUUGUUCGAAAGAAUUUUUUCCAAUUUACAUUGACGAUCACGUGGGUCGUUGUUUAUUUUUAAAUGAGCCAACAGAACCAACAAAGGAAUUUCAUGGGGCUGGAGGGCAAAAAAGACCGGCGCCAAAGGCUUGUUUUUCGAAUAUCGCAUCCUCAGGGACACAAAGAAGUCCAGUUUUGAAAAAAUCAAAAACCGAUCUCGGCAAAGGUGGAGUUUCCAAAAAUACAACAUCUUCUCCUACGAGUUCCGGAGAAAAAACAUCAAGGACAAAUUUUGGUCUGAAACUUAAUACCGUAAAAGAUGAAGUUCAGAAACCGCCUUCGGGAAAUAAGGACCAUGUCCCUCUUGCGGAAAAAAUGAGACCUAUAUCUUUUGCAACUUAUGUAGGUCAAGAGCAUGUUAUCGGCCCUAAAAGUGUAGUUUUUCAAUUGUUAAAUAAGGGAGAAGUGCCAAAUAUUAUUCUCUGGGGACCUCCAGGAUGUGGCAAGACUUCUCUUGCAAACGUUAUUGCUAACAUAUGCAAACAAAAUUCAUCCGGAAAACUUCGUUACGUAAAACUAUCAGCUGCGAUCUCAGGUGUAAAUGAUGUCAAGGAAGCGGUUAGUGUGGCUGGGAACGAACUAAAGUUUGGUCGUCGAACUGUGAUCUUCAUGGACGAAAUUCACCGUUUCAACAAACUCCAACAAGACAUUUUUCUGCCCCACAUAGAAGCCGGCACUAUAACUUUAAUUGGCGCAACCACAGAGAACCCAUCCUUCAGUUUAAAUUCCGCACUGCUGAGUCGCUGCAGAGUGAUUGUCCUGGAAAAAUUAUCAGUAGCGAGUCUGAUAUCGAUUUUGAAAACGGCCGUUCAUUCUUUAGAGGGCACUGUGCUGACCAACAGUAAAAGUAGUUGGAAUGAGACAAACAGCGAAAGUAGUUCGCAUGAGACAAACAACAAAAGUAGUCCGUAUGAGAAAAAAAGUGAAAGUAGUCCGAAUGAGACAAAAUUUUUUAUAGAUGAGGAAACGAUAGAAUGGUUGGCAGAAACGUGUGAUGGAGAUGCUAGAAUAGCUCUGGGUGGUUUGGAAUUAGCUGUUAUGUCGAAAUCUCCAAGUAAAGGCGAAUCUUUCUCUGAAAAUCGAUCUUCAAUAACACUGGAGGAUGUGAAAGAGAGUCUGAAAAAGACACAUAUGUUGUAUGAUAGAAAAGGAGAUCAGCACUAUGAUAUUAUUUCAGCUCUGCACAAAUCUGUCAGAGCUAGCGAUGAAAAUGCUUCUUUGUAUUGGCUAGCUAGGAUGAUGGCUGGAGGGGAAAAUCCAGUUUAUAUUGCGAGACGACUCGUCCGGAUGGCGAGCGAAGAUAUUGGGUUGGAAGACCCUGAAGCUCUAGGUAUUGCCGUGAAUACGAUGCAAGCUUGCCAAAUGAUAGGAAUGCCCGAAUCUGAUGUUUUGUUAGCUCAGUGUGUGAUUUAUUUGGCGAGAGCACCAAAAUCGAGAUUGAUGGAAGAUUCACUCAGGGCAGCUCAAAGGCUCAUUGCUGAACAUAAAGGUCCUCAACCUUCUGUGCCUUUGCAUCUUCGAAAUGCGCCAACAAAGCUGAUGGGUAAUCUAGGAUAUGGAAAAGGUUAUAAUAUGAAGCACAAAGAUGUUUCCGGAUUAAGCUACUUACCUGAAGGUCUAGAACACGUUAACUUUUUUCACUAAAAUUUUCCCGAUAUUCUUCUUUAUCAUGCUUUGGAAGCAGGACUUCUUGAGAUUUUUUGUAUCUUUAUUAAGAACAGAAUUUUCGUAUUCCAGUAUUAUAUAAUAAUUAU